CAUAACACAGCCUUGGAGCUCACAAAGAAAUUACUAUCUAAUUAAGAUAUAUCUCUCUCUUAGAGGAAAUUAUUAGUUUAAAAUGGCAUCACUAGUUUCAAGUUUGUCUUCAGAAGUGAAUUCUGUCCCUGAAAAAUAUGUUGUUCCAUUGGAGAAAAGGGUAUCUGCAGAUGUACCAAUUGGUACACAUAUUCCAGUUAUUGAUUUAACACAACCUUCUGCAGAAUCUAUUCACCAAAUCAUCAAAGCUUCAGCUGAGUUUGGUCUCUUUCAGGUGAUCAAUCAUGGAGUUUCAAAAACCCUGAUGGCUGAUGCCUUAGCAGUUUGCAAAGAGUUCUUUAAGCUGCCAAUUGAGGACAAAGCAAAGUUUGUUGAAAAAGAUGAGGGCUUAAGUGACUUUGAACCAUCAAUUGACCAAAGGCCAAAGCUUUACAUUGAAAAGGAAUACACAGCAAAGAAGAAAGGUUCAAACACUAAUGAGAAGGAAACUGCCUUUUGGAAAGACACUUUUGGACAUGGAUGCCAUCCUUUGACUCAAGAUAUGAUAAUGUCAUGGCCUGAAAAGCCACAAAAAUAUAGAGAAGUGAUGAGUGAAUAUGCAUUAGAAUUAAGGAAAUUGAGCUUGAGGAUUUUGGACCUUAUGUGUGAAGGACUUGGGCUUGAAAUAGGGUAUUUUGGCAAAGAACAUAGCCAAACCCAACUAAUGGUGAUCCAUCACUACCCACAAUGCCCUGAUCCAAAUUCAACAAUAGGCAUAGGUGAACAUUGUGAUGGUGCACUCAUCAAUUUGGUCCAACAAGAACUAAGUGGAUUGCAUGUGAGACAAAAAGAUGGGAAAUGGUUUGGUGUUGAACCAAUUCCUGGUGCACUUGUUGUCAUCAAUGGUUUGAUCUUAAAGGUUGUCACCAACGGAAAGUUAUCAGCUGGAGUGCAUAGGGUUGUGACAAAUUCAACUUCUGAUCGAACAUCAGUUGGCAGCUUAAUAAGUCCAGUUGAGUGCAUUAUAGAACCUGCAAAAAUACUUAUAAAUGAGAGCAAUCCUCCAUUGUUCAAGUCAUUUUCAUACACAGAGUACUUGGGAUAUUAUUUCAGUGACACCACUGAAAUUGAAGCAGCACUGAAACCAUACAAGCUCUAUGAUUGAAACAAAUUAUAAGUUUAUGUUUGUGUUUGUUGUAAUAUAAGUUUCUAUGUUUUCACAAGUGUAUUUGAUGACUUUGAAUUUAGAGUGAAUAAAUUGGUUGUGCCACA